UGAUCUCACCGAAGAAGAAGAGCGGUGGGCAGGCUGAUGGUGACAGGCGAAUGAACAGCUUCUCUCAACAACUAACUGGAUAAGGAGAAGACAUUACAGGAUAGCUUGAUGGCCAUUAUUUCCACCGUGGUUAAGCUCCGGAACGCGUAACCGCUCGUCUAUUCGCACAGACCGCGGUGCCAGUCAAAUACGGCGGCGGCAAAGCCAUCAUACACCUACGCUUCGAGUUUGAGGUAACGUUCACUCGAAAGAGAGGUAACACAUCAGUCUUGAAGGGUUGGAAUUGAGUCCGUACGACAUCACCCGCUUCGGCUGUCAGGAUAGCAUCGACACCCCGUGAAGAUGGGUGACAUCAAGCCGUCGACGUCUCACACUUUUCAGUCGGAGGGUUUCAGUCCGCCUUACAGGAAGAGAAAGAGGACAGUGGAGGACUUUAACCAGUUUUGCACAUUUGUCUUGGCCUAUGCUGGUUACAUCCCGUACCCCCAAGAGAACUCGUCACUGCGUAGUACGUCCAGCCCCCCCAACAGCACCGGCAGCACAGUCGAUAGCGACGGCUGGACCCCGGGCCUGUCGCCGUCCUGUCCGCAGCGCCCCUCCACGAUCCCCCUGGACAGGAGCAGGAAUCGGCCGCAACUGGGCGUCACACUGUCCGCUCACACCAAAAAAGACCACACGUUCACCUCCCUGCAUGCCGACGAUCGAAGAAAAGCAGAGAAGCUGAAGAAGAAAAAGAGGAGAAAGGAGAAGGAGCUUCAGACUGAUGAGGAGCAGGGGCGGUCUCGCUUGAGCAUCCCGGGGCUGCAGCCCCCUUUCCCGUUGGGCGGCUUGCCCAUAAAAGAGGAACCGGAGGACGACAUCAGCAUUUCCCUCCACCCCCAGCAUGCGUCCGUCCCGUCCUCUUGCAAAGAGGAGCCCAAAGAAGAGCGCCGCUCCGGGGAUGGACAAGACCUGGAGGACGGGGCGGUCAAGGUGCAGAAAGUCGAGGGGCUUCCAGGAAACAGGACGGUCUUUCGUCAGGGGAAGCAGGUGGUGUUCCGAGACGAAGAUGGAUCAGGAGAGGAUGAGGACAUCAUGGUGGACUCGGACGACGACUCGUGGGACCUGGUGACGUGUUUCUGCAUGAAGCCGUUCGCCGGGCGGGCCAUGAUCGAGUGCAACAAGUGCAACACCUGGAUCCACCUGUCGUGCGCCAAGAUCCGCAAGAGCCACGUGCCGGAAACGUACACGUGCCAGAGCUGCCGGGACACCCACGGCCCCGCCGACGCCCGCCGCUCGCACCGCUCCCGCAUCGGCCCGCGGAAGCACCUGCUCGAAUGAACUCCACGGCCAACUCCGGCCUCCGGUCGGUCGGUCGGGGGCGAUCCCUCCUGGGUGGACCUGCAUCGAGCGUCCUCGCUCUACAGAUGUGUACUCGUGCUUCCCUCCAGACUCUUCUGCGUCAGGCAAUCACUGAAAGACACGUCUGUAGGUGACCUUAGCAUAGCGGCGUACCUCUACUGUAGGGACCCUAGGGACCCCAGGGACCCCGGGGUCUUGUGAACACUGGAAAACUGCCAUAUCGAGUCCCUCCACAAACCGCCGCCGGGAUGUGUCGGAAAGACUCUUUGCACUUUUUCUCACUUAAAGUCAACCCUUUUGGCAACAGGGACGGGCGUGUUGUUGGUAUGAAACCGGAGCGGAUUUCUCCCAGCAGCCUCUUGGUGGCGUUGCCCCGAGCGGCUGUUCAGGAGGAGGAAACAAGCUAAGCCUUGAGAUGAUUGCUUCAGAUGGUGCUAUAGUAUUAAGCUGAUAAUCCAAUAGAACAAAGAUGUAGUCCGCAUCUGCGUCAUCUGUCUGUCUUUAAGUUUAUUGUGGCAAAAGCGAAGCCCCACGGGGGGGGCGGGGGGGUCGUUCUUCUCGCCUCUUCUCAAACCGUCUUCCAACCUUGUUUGCCGUGUGUAUCAAUAUGAUAGUCGGCCAGCCAGCCAGCCGGGGGCGUUGGCACUACAUCCCGUGUUUUUGUUUGGAAUAUAUUUGUUCCUUUUCACGCUGACGCUUUCAGAGACAAAUCUAUUUAUAGAAAGGCCAUUCAGCUUCAACUGGAAUAGUGUUUAAUAUGCAUGGGAGUGAUUCGAGUGAGAAAGUCAAUGCAUGUGCUGCUAUGAAAAAUCUAUACUUUGUUUCAUUUUAUAAGGAUCUACUUUGGUGUGUGUGUGUGUGUGUGUGUGUGUGCGGGCAUGUGAGAGCGUGACAUCACGACCAGUCUCAUCACUUCCUCCCAACAGUAUUUUUUUACAGUCGUAUUCCCUCAAGCUUGCUGCCAUUUGGAUGGAAUAUUUGAGCAGAUGUGCCAUGGACCUGUUUGUGUGGGUUAUACUUUGCGUGGAAUUAAACAAAAGCCAUACUCCUGUACAGUGACCAACGUUAAAACUCCCGAGCCGCGGACACGGAAUCCCAGACUGAAGAACGACACGGUCGGCGAACUGGUGAAGCACAUACCACGCGCCUGUGAUGUCGCGUUGCGAGCGAUAUAAAUCCGAAGCCACUUGGGAGAGCCUGAAGCCCUCGUUAGAAUUCUAACAUAAAUCUGUAAUUAGCUGGGUUGUCCUCUGCCCUUUUAUCGACAAGCAUCAUCUGUACUGUGGUGAAAACUGUUUCUAUGAAACUAUUGUAAAUAAAGAGUUACCGUUUUAUGCGUUUGUUGGUG